AUAGAGGGAUAGGUAGACAUCCUGCAGUCAUGAUUUUAACUUAGCAUAUUUAUUUUCUCAAGAUGCAGGAGCAGAAGAAAGAGGGAACACCUGAGGAACUUUCACUAAACCUCUGACUCACACUUCUCUCUCUCUCUCUCUCUCUCUCUCUCUCUCUCUCUCUCUCUCUCUCUCUCUCUCUCUCUCUCUCUCUCGCUCUCGCUCUCGCUCUCGCUCACUCACACAGCACAACUGGAUUGAAUAGAAUGAUCACUGACUUGAGGAGGACCAGACUCUGCUUGUUCACACACAGCCAGAGAGAGCAGAGAGAGAGAGAGAGAGAGAGAGAGAGAGAGAGCAUGUGCUCAACAACAGGUCACCCAGCUCAUAAAAUCUGACAACGAGAACAGAGGGGAACAAGAAGACUGCGCCGUCUGAAAUGCACGGAUUAUGGAAACCACGUUUUAUCUAUACACCUUACAUUUCUAGUUUUCAGGCUUUUUGGUGAUAGUAAAAGAGUAGAAGACUUCAGGAGUGUUUUGAAACUGGACAGAAUGAAGCAAACCUCUGGACUCGUGUGAAAUAUGAAACCUCUGGACUGUGUGAAAGAUGCCAUGAAGAAAAGAAGGAUACAUCACCUCUAACUGAACUUGUUUUUGAGAGUCUAGCAGUGUUAAUAAGGGACAUUAUGAACUUGCAUGCCAACAGUUCAAAACCUGUGUCCAAAAGCAUCUUCACUUCUUCGAACCUGAUGCCCUUUGACCCAGACACCUGGACACCGAACACGGACAUCAUGCUGGGUAAUGUGGUCCGUAACAGUACGUUUGGCUGUAACAGAAGUUGGGCUGAUACAGAAGGAUCUCUCCUGCCCAAUCUAUCCAUCAUUGGCACUUCCAGUGAAAGGAAAGAACCACUGUCAUGGCUAAGGUGCAACGGCGAGACGAGUAAAGAGGAGUUAAUUCGGAAAAAUUGGGUUGCACUGCUGAUUUUGAUUGUGGUCAUUGUUACGAUUUCUGGAAACAUUCUAGUAAUCUUGGCUGUCAAUCUGGAACGAAAACUGCAAAAUGCCACCAAUUACUUUCUCAUGUCACUGGCAGUAGCAGAUAUGCUUCUGGGACUUCUGGUCAUGCCUGUCUCCAUGGUGACCAUUGUGUAUGGUUACUCCUGGCCGCUCCCUGCAUCACUCUGUCCCAUGUGGAUCUACUUGGAUGUUCUUUUUUCCACCGCCUCCAUCAUGCACCUGUGCGCUAUCUCCCUAGACCGUUAUGUGGCCAUCCGGAACCCCAUCCGACACAAUCGAUCAAACUCACGCUCCCGGGCCCGGGCCAAAAUCACGGCAGUCUGGACCAUCUCUGCAGGCAUCUCCAUGCCGAUCCCAGUGCUGGGUCUGCGCGAUCACACCAAAGUUUUCAAGGAUGGCAGCUGCCUAUUGACUGACAAUUCAUUUGUGUUGAUUGGGUCCUUUGUGGCCUUCUUUGUGCCAUUGACCAUUAUGGUGGUGACCUACUUCCUCACUAUCAGCGCUCUGCAGAGUGAGGCUACGCUCUGCCUUGAUCAACUGGUGCCCAGGCCCAAAUGGAGCGCAGGAUUCACUCUGAACUUCCUCCCUAGCCCAUCGUUCUCGCCCUCAGAGAAGAAACUGUUCUUGCGGCGUUCGUUGAGUCGCGAGGUGGGGACCGAGUCAGUGGUUGUGAUGCCACCUUUCGGACGGCACAGCGUACAGUCCAUCAGCAACGAGCAGAAAGCCUCCAAAGUUCUGGGCGUGGUCUUCUUCCUGUUCGUGGUCAUGUGGUGUCCCUUUUUCAUAACCAACGUUUUGGCGGUGGUUUGUGAGCCGGUGGCAUGUGAUGCCGAUAUAAUGAAUGGACUGUUGAAUGUGUUCGUGUGGGUCGGUUACCUUUCCUCUGCUGUUAACCCGUUGGUUUACACACUCUUCAACAAGACUUACCGCUCGGCCUUUGCUAGAUACAUCCGAUGCCAGUUUCACGAAGAGAAGAAACCACUACAGCAAAUUCUGGUCAACACUAUUCCACCGCUGGCCUAUCAGUCCACACACCUGCCGCUUACUGGAUCAAUAGACAAUGGGGAUUUCUCUCUGCACCUUCCCAAUAAAAACCACCAUCUGUCCAAAAGCCGCAAAAAUGAGAGUGUCAGCUGCUUGUGAAUUCACUCAAUGAACUCACAAAUGCCAACCAUAACCCUGGAUUGUCUUCUGAGUUCAUAUUUGCCAUUCUAUCCUUCUUACCUCUACAGAAAUCAGCUCAGAUUGAUCUAAAGUAUUAGCAUUCAAAGCCCAAAUGCAUCUAUGAACAAACAGCAACACAGUCCAUGACUUGAUCACGGGGCAGUGAUGUAUCAAAAGACCUUUGUCUGACUGGGAUCGGUCCUCAGUACCAUCAGUGUCAGUUUAAUCAAUGGGAUAAAUAAAAAUUGUGUAUAAGUGUUAAGUCAGAGUUACUGUUUGAUGUCAAUACUUUUCAGUUUUAUUUAGCACUUUAUAUUCCAGAAGGCAAAGUCUAAAUUCAUGGGAGAUCAGCUGUGUUUUGUUUACAAUGUCAGGUUUUAAAAAAAAACAAGUGUGGAUAAAAUUUGUGAUGUGACUAAAGUUUUGUACUGCGUCAAAUGAUUGUUGCUGUAGCAUCAUUCAUAUGAGCUGACGUGUACAGUAUGUGCUGCUGGUUUAUCAUUCUACCAUACAUUUGCAUUCAGUGUCAUGGAAAAGAACUAAAAGUAUCAUGUUUCUGUUUCCUGUUCAAGUGCCUGUUUCCACUUCAGAGUUUAAUAAAAAAAGUUUAUGAAAUGAAAAAAAAAAUAUUUGAUUAAAAUAAGAAAUAA